UUUUUUUUUAAAAGUAUUAUGAUCAUCUAGGUGGGUCACCUUAAUGGAGAGGUGAGAACAUAUAACUUGGCAGAUUAAAGCACUGCUAGUGAAUUAAUGAAUGUUUUGAACUCCGAAUUAGCAUGUGAAGUUCAAUUGGUUUAAAGUGGUGAAUUAGUGAAUGCAUCAUCGAUUUUAGCUGGAGACAGAAUCUAUUAUGUCACAGUUGAUGCAGAAGGAGGAAAGAAAAAGAAGAAGAAGAAGAAGAAUUUCGCUAAGCCCAAGAAGAAGAAGCAUAGACACCGAAAGGUUAAGUUGGCUACUCUUAAAUUGUACAAUGUCGACAACAAAGGAGUAGUUUAGAGAUCACACAAAUAAUGUCCUUAAUGUCCAUAAGGUGUGUACAUGGCUAAACACUUCGACAGACAUUACUGUGGAACUUGUCACCAAACCUUUAGAAUGGAUGAGGCAACAAUUAAAGCCAACUUAGAAGCAAUCAAAAAAUAACAAGCUGCCAAGGCUGCAGCUGCUGCGGCUGCUGCUCCUGCUGGUGGUGCUGCCGAUAAGGGAGCUGCUGGAGGAAAAAAGGGCAAGAAGAAGUGACAUAUAUUUAGUAUAUUAAUAAAUAAUGCAAUUAAGUCCA